AUGAAGAACGAGAAUGAAAGUGCGAGUCACGACAAGUCGGUGCCACAGAUUACCCAUCCUUUUCAUCGACAACAUCCCUUGGUGUUAGUGGCAGAGCACAAUGAAGGUCUCAAAGCCCACUGCGAUGGAUGUGGGGAACUGCUUUCAGCUCCAUGCUUCACUUGUAUUCAUUGCAAUUAUCACCUUCACAAGCAAUGUGCAGAGGCACCCCUUGAGAUUCCUGAUCACCCUCUCCAUCCCAAACACUCAAACGCAGAUCUUACAAGGCAAGAUUGCACGAUUUGUUUCAAUGAAGUAAAACUAGAUCGUGGGAGUUACUCUUGUAAGAAGCCAGCUUGCAAUUACGUUGUCCAUGUGAAUUGUGUCUUAGAGGAUCAUGAGUUGUACAAGGUAAUUAAGGAAGAAAAGCAAUGUGAGGAGCUUGAAGAAAAAUCUAUGCAGUCUUCCAUCAUUCGUGUUAUUGAGGUGAAUGAAGCUGGGGAAGCUUCAAAGAUUGAACAUUUGAGUCAUCAACAUUGCUUGGUGUUAGCAGACAAGAUGGACGAGGAAAUUGAUAGAAAAUGUGAUGGGUGCAUGCUACCUAUCUCAAAUAUUUUCUAUUAUUGUUCAGAAUGCCCCUUUUUUCUUCAUAAAACCUGUGCUGAAUUGCCAAGAAUCAAGCAACAUUGGUUUCGUCAAAGCAAUGCCACCCUCAAAUUCUACAGCUUCGAGGUAUGUUUAUUUUGCGAUCGAUAUUGUAGUGGUUUCUUCUACAAAUUUGGAGGACGUAGGAAGAUGUGCUUAAGGUGUGCUAAAGUUGCUGAUAUUAUUGAAUGUGAAGGACACCAACACUUUCUCUUUUUUGAUUUCAAAUACAGGGAGAAAUGUAAUGGUUGUGGCAAUAGACGUUGGCCUGGUGCAUUCAGAUGUGGAAAGUGCAGAUUUGCUUUGGAUUUUGGAUGCUUAACAUUACCACAUUCAGCUCUUUACAAAAUUGAUGAACACAAGAUAAAGCUUACUUAUCGUGAUGAUAAGGAGCAAAGUUAUUGUGAUAUUUGUGAGCAAGAUAGAGAUCCAAGCCUUUGGUAUUAUUCUUAUUCACUCUGUGAUACUUCUGCUCAUAUCGAAUGUGUUCUUGGACAAUUUCCAUUUCUAAAGGAUGGGGUCACAUUUCCUUCUCGUUAUCACAAUCAUCAUCAUGAUCUUAAAUUUUUUAGGAAGGUCGAGGGCUACCCUGAAUGCUCUUAUUGUGGUAAGCUUUGCCAAGAAGAAAUUCUCAAGUGUGAAAAAUCUACAUGCAACUAUAUUGUCCACUACAAACGCUGUUGA